AGCGCCACCAUACCCACGCAAAGUCAUGGUAUUAGGAGCAACAUCUCGAUCAAUAGGACAGCAGGGUGAAAUGAACCUGCCAUCAUAAUCAAGCCCACCUAAUUUUUCUUGCCAGAAUUACCAAUGGCAAGUCCUGAAUCGUUUUCAGAACGAGCAAAACAGCAGAAAGCAUGCAACUUUUACGCCACCACCACCACCACCAAAUCGGCAUUAAUACCAGAAAGAAAGAAUGGGGGGAUUGUGAUCCGUAAAGUCAUUGCUGGUAACUGAAAAUCCAGCCAGCAUUCAUUAACAAUGGCGCCAAAUAAUGUAGUUUAAGCAAGUUUGAUGCCAAGGUUUGAGAAAAGGAAUUCUGAUGGUUUCCCUUCAAGGACCCACAACCUGUAUCCAUUUUGACACGACCAUGAUCAGAAGCUAUAAUCGAAAUCAUUAGUAGCAAUGUCGCAUUCCAACCUUGAACACUACAUCUCUCCCUCCACCUUUCACCAAACAUUCUUUUCAAUGUUUGGUCUUAUAUAACCUUACUAUCUGGUCUCUCUGAAUUCUCUCAUCACAACAGCAAAAUGGCUUCAAUGAUUUUCUGGGUUUUCAUCUUGGGUUGCCUUGGUGGUUUCCACUUGGCCGUUGUCAAUGGCCAGACUCCAGCAGCAUCACCUUCAACAUUACCUAUUACUCCUCCGCCUACAACCACCGUUCCUCCCCCUACGGCAUCAUCACCGCCACCAUCAACCCCAGCAGUACCAGCACAGUCACCGAUCCCUGCAAAGACUCCCAUCUCGCCGCCAUCUCCAAAGGCAGCACCAGUCGCCGCUCCAACUGCUCCACCUCCUCAAUCUCUUGCGCCUGUCUUUGCACCAGCAACGCCACCACCGGCUUUGCCACCACCCCCAGCAACACCUCCUCCAGCCCCUGCAAAGGCAACACCAGCUCCAGCACCAGUCCCGGUUAGUCCUCCACCAGCGCCAGCACCAGCACCACUGACUCCGCCACCAGCUCCUGCACCAGCACCGCAGACUCCACCACCCAUGGCACCACCAGCGCCAACUCCAUUAUCGGUGGUGCCUUCACCUGCCCCAGCUGCACACAAGCACAAGAAGAGGCCUCACAAGCAUAAGAAGCAUCAUCAUGCCCCAGCUCCAGCUCCAAAGCCCCCUAGCCCACCAUCCCCACCUGUAGUGACGUCUUCUGAUGAUGACACAGCCCCUGCACCAUCACCAAAUACGAAUGGGCAAGAUUCACAGUAUAGGAGGGGAAGAAUGACAGCAAUGUGGGCAGGAACUGGACUAGCUGUGGCACUUCUGCUGUCUGCAGCAGGCUAGGCAGCUAAAGAUCAUUGAGGUGCUUAUAAUCGAGGGCCAUGGACUUAUUUCCUUGUGAAAUGAAACCGUUUUGUGCGUACAAACGAAAUAAUAUCUCAUGAUAAUAGGAACUGUAAUGCAAGAGCACAGCCUCAAAACUGUCCAAGC